AUGGCCGAGGCGGAACAUGUCACCAUCCACUCCGAGACGCUCGACUUCAAUGCGGACUGUGCAGAAUUCUGCCCACUGCCGGGAUUCACGCACUUGCUGGCCCUGGGCACCUACCAGUUGCUUGAGGAAAAGCAGGAGCGUGUGGGCAGGUGCUACCUGCGCACACUGCACCGGGGCAGCGGUGUGGGCGGCGAGCCUUCAGGCGGCACACACGCGGCCAGCUUGGAUAUGCCAGGCAUCUUUGAUCUGAAGUGGCGACCCACAGCAUAUAGCGGACAGGGAGCGGUGCUCGGCGCUGCGCUUGCGGAUGGCACUGUGCGGUGCUUGGAAGCUGUUGCGGCUUCGGACGACAUGCCAGCGGAGAAGGCGCAGGCGCAGCUGAGGCAGCGGAGUGAAGUGGCUGCUUGCAGUAGCGGCAUGUGCUUGUCGUUGGACUGGCAAGUGGCCGCUGGCAGCGAACAAGCGCGAAUUGCGGUAUCAAAUUCCACGGGAACAUUAUCUCUUAUCCAGACUCACAGCGGCUUUGAACCGCUGCAGGAGAAUAUUAUUUUUUCAGGAGCAGACGAUUGCUACUUUAAGGCUUACGAUAUUAGGAGCGACCCCUCAGCGCCGGUCUUUGCCGACCGUCGCACGCACAAGGCCGGCAUCUGCACAGUGUCCCCCCACCCCACGCAACGGCACGUCGUCGCCACCGGCAGCUAUGACGAGUACGUGCGUCUGUGGGACAUGCGAAACACCUCCAAGCCCUUUAUCCUGUCACAGCUCAACACCAGCGGCGGCAACUGGAGGUUAAGGUGGCACCCACACGACCCGCAACUCCUGUUGGCGGCCUGCAUCGCGGAGACGCAUUAUGAUGCGACUGGCGCACUAGUGGCCAGGCCGGCGCACAUGUCAUACACUCACCAUACGCUGCCGCUCCCGCCCUCCGGCGAUGAGAACGGAGUCAUUCUGAAAGCUUUAAUGUUUGAAUUUAUAUAUCGCACGUGCAACAGGUACAACGGAUUUGGCGUGUUACGUGCCGCCGGGGAUUUCCGGGACCUUUCCGUGGUGGCCAUGUACCAGAGCCCCAACAAGUACAUCGCAUACGGAGCAGACUGGUGGCAGGAGGGACCGUGCAGGACCGCGGACGCGAGCGACACGGGGGGCAGCAAGGGCCGCGCGGACAAGGGCCGGGCCCUGGCAGCCACGUGUUCCUUCUAUGAUAGGCUGCAUACGUUGGUCUGGCUGCGGACGGAGUAG